AUGAUGAAAUGGUUCAAAAUGACUCAGAACUCCAGUCUUGGUGGAAGGAACUCAGAGAGGAAGGUCAUAGUGACAAGAAAGAUGAACCCAUGGUGGCCUAAAAUGCAGACUUGUGAAGAGCUGAUAGAAACAUGCACCAUGAUCGUAUGUCUCUCUUCAGCCUGUCAUGCAGCAAUCAACUAUGGCCAGUACUCUAUAGGUGGAUACGUCCCGAACCGGCCAAGCAUAAGCCUGCGCUUCAUGCCGGAAGAAGGCACACCUGAGUAUGAGGAGCUCAAAACCAACCCUGACAAGGCAUUCUUGAAAACAUUUACACCUCAGCUGCAGACCUUGCUUGGCAUGGCCUCCAUAGAAAUCUUAUCAAGGCACCCAGUUGAUGAGCUUUAUCUGGGGCAGAGAGACAACCCAGAAUGGACAACAGAUGCAAACAUGUUGCAAACCUCUGAGGAUUUUAGAAAGAAGCUGGAAGGAAUUGAGAAAAGAAUUAUAAAAAUGAACAAGGAUAAUAAAUUGAAGAACCGGGUUGGACCGUCCAAGAUCCCAUACACUUUGCUCUAUCCUUCUAGCGAGCCUGGACUUACUGGCAAGGGAAUUCCCAACAACAGUGUCAACAUCUAA